AUGUAUGUUUUUACAGAUCGGAUUUUUGAGGUCUGAGGGCCUCCAAAUAGGGAAGAAAGUAGUCAAACUCAAACUAUUGUACUAAAGUUACCGGAAGAUGGAGGAGAGUCUCCAGUGAGGCCUAAAGUUCUUCUUCGAGGAAAUUGGUAUAAAACUCCUAUUGACGAAGGAGAUCAUAUCAGAGUCAUUGGUACCUUCUGACUUGAAAAUGAGUAUACCUUAGUCCUUGAAAAUGGGUAUACUUACGACCCAAAUGUCAAGAGCGAUAUUAAUUACGCUGAAUAUAUAAUCCUAGAGCCUGACAUAAUGGUGUCUUCCACUACAAUCACAUCUAGUUUUCCUUGAGUGCGGAGAGGAGUAUUCUCAGAGAUCUUCAAAAGUUCUUCUAUCGAGAAGAAAGGAAACAUGGUUCUAGGAAAUAUUGUCCAUAGCACAUUUGAGAAAUUCGUUGCUAGAAUUCAUAAAGAAAUGGAAUCUAUAAAGGAAAUCAAGAAAUCUGAAGUCACAGAGAUGAUCAAUGAAGCAGUAUCUUCCCAUAUUGUCAGUCUUAGGCAGGUCAAUAUGCCAGAGGAACAUGCUCGAGAGUUCUUGAAAAAGUCUGUGAAUGCAAUUAUCACCUGGCUUGGUGGCAUUAUGAAACCAGACUCUAAAGAGUUCAAUAUCCAACUUAAAGAAUGUGUUGGAACUGAGCAGGAAUAUCAGAGUACUAAAUAUGGGUUCAGAGGAAAAAUAGACUCCAUCGUUGUAUUGAAAGACAAGAAACUUAAUGAGGAUUCCUUUGCAGCUCUUGAACUUAAGACAGGAAAGAAGGAGCAAGGGCAUCAUAGAGCACAGGUUAUUCUCUAUGCCUUGCUAAUCAUGGAAAGGUUUGCUGAAUCUGCUAGCCCAAGAAACCUUCUUCUCUAUAUCAUGAAAACAGGGAAGACUCAUAUUAUUAAAGCUGCGAGAGAGGAAUUUUGAGCAUUGAUUCAGAGAAGAAAUGAGCUUGCCAAGCUCCAAAAAUUAUGAAACCUUGGAAAGCCUAUGAUAUUGCCACCAAUGCUUAAUGAAAAGAAAGCUAAAGAGUGUGAAUUUUGAUACAUGAACAGGCAAUGUUCAAUGUAUGCACUUGCUAUAGAGAAUAUUGAAGAAUCCAGCUACAUCCCUAGAUUUCCCAAAUUUACCGAAUCUAGGACUACGAUGUGUGCUUUAUCAAGAGAUUAUUUUAAAAAGUGGUUUGAAAUUAUUGCGAUAGAGCAAUCAUCUUACAACUCUUCCUUCAAUAAGAAGAAAAAGAGAGUUUUACCGAGAGAGGAGAAUCUCAGAAUGGUGGAAGUAUCUCCAAUAAUUGAAGCUUGCUCCUCUACCAACACUUUCACUGUCCGUCUGCAGAAGCCAAUUUAUGGCUACAUGAAGUUAAUUGACUUCAAUGAAGGGAAUUACACAAAUCUUCAUGGGACCGGCACCACGAUCCAUAUCAGUAAGGGAAUUAUUCUGAAGAAACACAUUGCCCAACUUGACGAGAGAGUUUUUCCCUCCAAUAAAGUAAAGAUUGAGUAUGAAGAUGAUAUGAAGAAUGAGACUAAAAAUGAGCUCAAAAAGCACUGCUUCGUCUCCCUAGAAGACCUUGGAGAAAAUGAGAAAGAAUGAGAAAAAGAAGAAGCUGAACUCAAACAAUUUGAUUGUAAAAAAUCAGACCCAGUCAAAUCCCAAAUUCCUAAAGGAAGAAAAGCCUUAGAAUAUAUUAUUGAAUUUAGAGGUGUCAACCGGAUGAAUUUGGAGCCAAGCAGUCUUGGUGGCAAGCACUCUUCUGAAAUUAUCUGGAGACUUGAGAGUGAGACUACCAAUACAUAUCAGUUCAACAUAAUGAGAAACAAUCUGUUCCUUAUGCUAAUGAAACAUGAGUUUAAGAAACAGAAGAACUAUAUUGUGUAUAACCAUGAGCCUACUUUUGAAGAUGAUGAAGCCCUUGACCGAUACGAGAAAACUUUUAGUCACUAUGUAGAGGAUCUCAAUGAAGAACAGAAGAUCGCAGUCAUUAGAUCUCUAGGUACUAAGGAGUUUCAGUGAAUCCUAUCCCUUCCAGGAACAGGAGAGAUGCUUGUGAUUGAGAGAAUAGUUAAAUGAGCAACUAUUCUGAAGAAAAAAGUGCUUCUAAUGGCUUCUAACAAUAGCCUGGUUGAUGCAACUCUGAUUAAUAUUAAAGAGAAAUAUCCUGACUUAAAACUGUUCAGACUGAAUAAUGAUGCAAAAGGAACUGACUCUAGACUUAUCAAUGAGACUCGGAAUGGCAACACCUGGGAAUCCAAGAAUGAAAUAGACCAGCUUAUAGAAGAGACUCAGGUCUUUUCCACAACUACAAUGUCAAUGUUUCAUCCAUUUUUAUUGGGUCUGAUUCAGAAGUUUGACUAUGUUAUUGUUCAAGAAGCAUCUGCAAUCACUGAGCCGAUUACCAUCGGGCCUUGUCUCCUUGGAAAAGCUGUUAUUAUGUUCGGGGAUUAUUAUAUUUCCAAUCCGAGUGUCAAGAGUAUUGAUGCUGAUAGAAAAGGGCUAGGAAGGUCUCUUUUCAAAAGAUUAUGCGAUCAGUACACCAGUAAAAUCAUUGUCUUGAAACACCAAUAUCGUAUGAAUAAAAAUAUCUGCAAGCUGAUCAACUCUAUAGCUUAUUCUGGGCUGAUGAAGCAUGGCUCUGAAGCUGUGAAAGUCGCCAAAAUUUGAUAUCCAAAUGAAGUCAUAGCCAGAUUUCCUUGGAUUCAAGAAGUAAAAUCUCCAGAAAGAUCUGUGGUCUUCCUGAACAUUGACAACGUACUAAAGAAAACUAUGCCAUCUGAUAUUUGUACGAUGAGGACAAAGAAUUUCUACGAAGCUGCUGUUAUAAAGGGGCUUGUCUGAGCUUUCCUAGAAAGUGGGAUCCAAACCAGGGAUAUAGCUGUAGUCUCCCCCAUCAGGAACCAUUUGUACAUGCUUCAGAACCAUCUGAGAGAGCAAAAGGUCAAAUGAGUGAAUAUAGAACGAGUUGGAGAGCUAAGUAAAGACAUCAUUAUUGUAUCCUGUGUUAAGUGUACCAGAGUAUUUCCUUCACUUAAAGAUAUUAGGAGAUUGUAUCUCGGGUUUGUGAGAGUCAAGAAAAAAUUGAUCAUAGUUGGAUCAAAGAACAAUAUUAUUGGAAUAGAGCCUAUAAAUAAGUUCAUAAAGUAUAUUGAUACCAAGAAUUGGUAUUUAGAUAUUAAUAAUCUCCAACAGAUCAUUAGAUAUCUACCGAAAGAAGCAAGAAGAGUGAUGUCUAAAUUCAAAACAACUCGAAAACAAGAUAGAGAAGACUUAAAAGUCAAAAUAAAAAAAACAUCUCCUGUAAAAUCUGAAACUGAGACCUCAAAAUUGGUCAAAAACCAAUAA